UUCCUUUGUCUUUUUAUGCAAAUCAAUAAACCGUGUGUUUCUGUUUGUUUGUUUGUCUGUUUUCCAGGAGAGGCCAGUGCGUCCACCAUGUGGGACAACAAUGCCUGGGCGUAUUUCUAUGACAACUCGACUGAGGCGGAGGCGGAGCCACCCUUCCUCAUCCAGGACUUUAUCCACACCCUUCAGCCUGACGCAAGGUUCAUCGUCAUGCUGAGAGACCCUGUAGAGAGGUUGUACUCCGACUACCUCUACUUUGGGAUCACUAAUAAGUCUGCGGAGGACUUCCAGGACAAGGUGUCCGAGUCUCUCCAGCUGUUUGAAGGGUGCCUGACAGAGUACACCAUGCGCUCCUGUGUGUACAACACUACGCUCAACAACGCCAUGCCAGUCAGGUUGCAGGUGGGCCUGUACAUAGUCUACAUACUAGAUUGGUUGACAGUCUACAGUAGAGAACAGAUUCUGGUCCUUCGGCUUGAAGACCACGCCUCCAACAGGAAGUACACAAUGCACCAAGUCUUUGACUUCCUCAACUUGGGUCUGUUGACGGAGCAGAAGGAAGCAGAGAUCACCAAAAGUCCCGCCUCCAACACACGGCGGCCAGCGGAUAAGAACCUAGGACCCAUGCUCCCCGUAACCAAGGAGAUACUGAGGGACUUCUACACUCCGUUCAACAAGAAACUGGCCAAGGUGCUCCGCAACGACUCCUUCAGAUGGGACAACCAUUCAGAACUCAUAUAAAGACCUGUUUUAAUGGGGAAGCCAUUCAGAACUCAUGACAAUAAUUGUUUUAAUGGGACAACCAUUCAGAACUCAUAUAAACACCUGUUUUAAUGGGGAAGCCAUUCAGUACUCAUAUAAAGACCUGUUUUAAUGGGGAAACCAUUCAGAACUCAUGACAAUACUUGUUUUAAUGGGGAAACCAUUCAGAACUCAUAUAAACACCUGUUUUAAUGGGGAAACCAUUCAGAACUCAUGACAAUACUUGUUUUAAUGGGGAAACCAUUCAGAACUCAUGACAAUACUUGUUUUAAUGGGGAAACCAUUCAGAACUCAUAUAAAGACUUGUUUUAUUGGGGAAGCCAUUCAGUACUCAUAUAAAGACCUGUUUUAAUGGGGAAACCAUUCAGAACUCAUGACAAUACUUGUUUUAAUGGGGAAACCAUUCAGAACUCAUGACAAUACUUGUUUUAAUGGGGAAACCAUUCAGAACUCAUAUAAACACCUGUUUUAAUGGGGAAACCAUUCAGAACUCAUGACAAUACUUGUUUUAAUGGGGAAACCAUUCAGAACUCAUAUAAACACCUGUUUUAAUGGGGAAACCAUUCAGAACUCAUGACAAUACUUGUUUUAAUGGGGAAACCAUUCAGAACUCAUGACAAUACUUGUUUUAAUGGGGAAACCAUUCAGAUCUCAUAUAAACACCUGUUUUAAUGGGGAAACCAUUCAGAACUCAUAUAAACACCUGUUUUAAUGGGGAAACCAUUCAGUACUCAUAUAAAGACCUGUUUUAUGGGGAAACCAUUCAGAACUCAUGACAAUACUUGUUUUAAUGGGGAAACCAUUCAGAACUCAUGACAAUACUUGUUUUAAUGGGGAAACCAUUCACAACUCAUAUAAAGACUUGUUUUAAUGGAGAAACCAUUCAGAACUCAUGACAAUACUUGUUUUAAUGGGGAAACCAUUCAGUACUCAUGACAAUACUUGUUUUAAUGGGGAAACCAUUCAGUACUCAUAUAAAGACUUGUUUUAAUGGGGAAACCAUUCAGUACUCAUGACAAUACUUGUUUUAAUGGGGAAACCAUUCAGAACUCAUAUAAAGACUUGUUUUAAUGGAGAAACCAUUCAGAACUCAUGACAAUACUUGUUUUAAUGGAGAAACCAUUCAGAACUCAUGACAAUACUUGUUUUAAUGGGGAAACCAUUCAGUACUCAUGACAAUACUUGUUUUAAUGGGGAAACCAUUCAGAACUCAUAUAAAGACCUGUUUUAAUGGGGAAACCAUUCAGUGCUCAUAUAAAGACCUGUGUUAAUGGGGAAGCCAUUCAGUACUCAUAUAAACACCUGUUUUAAUGGGGAAACCAUUCAGUACUCAUAUAAAGACCUGUAUUAAUGGGGAAGCCAUUCAGUACUCAUAUAAACACCUGUUUUAAUGGGGAAACCAUUCAGUACUCAUAUAAACACCUGUUUUAAUGGGGAAACCAUUCAGUACUCAUAUAAAGACUUGUUUUAUUGGGGAAGCCAUUCAGUACUCAUAUAUCCCAGUCAAUGUUCCAUCUACAUUUUUUGGGGCACUGCAAAUUUCAGGUCUGCUGAGCGAACUUUGUGAAAAUUCUGUGCAACUUCCAGCGUGCGUUCACUGUGAACACUGAGGCUGUACCCACUUUAAGUUACAGUUUUACUGUGAACACUGAGGCUCUACCUGCUUUAAGAUACAGUUUUACUGUGAACCCUGAGGCUGUACCUGCUUUAAGUUACAGUUUUACUGUGAACACUGAGGCUGUACCCACUUUAAGUUACAGUUUUACUGUGAACACUGAGGCUGUCCCCUCUUUAAGUUACAGUUUUACUGUGAACACUGAGGCUGUCCCCUCUUUAAGUUACAGUUUUCCUGUGAACACUGAGGUGGUCCCCUCUUUAAGUUACAGUUUUCCUGUGAACACUGAGGCUGUACCCACUUUAAGUUACAGUUUUACUGUGAACACUGAGGCUGUCCCCUCUUUAAGUUACAGUUUUCCUGUGAACACUGAGGCUGUCCCCUCUUUAAGUUACAGUUUUACUGUGAACACUGAGGCUGUCCCCUCUUUAAGUUACAGUUUUACUGUGAACACUGAGGCUGUCUCCUCUUUAAGUUACAGUUUUAACAGUGGCCAAGUAGGCUACUGUGGGUACUUACUGUGGGUAUCAUAAUGUAGAUCUAUCUUCAAAAACAAUGUAGAAAAUGCAUCCCAUAAUAUGUUAACAUGGAAAUAGCUGUUCUAUCAUUCAGCCUACAGUAGCAGCCAAUGUGUGGUGUUCAAUGCAGAUCUACAUUCCAUCAGACUUUUGAAGAAAACAUGCAGGGCUUGACCUUUAACCUGUUUAUCCAGUUGUCCUUCAGACAUGGAGGUGACUGAAAAUGUUGUUGUGUUGUAUGAUGCAAGAAACCACUUCACAAAAUAAAAUCCAUUAUUCUUCCCUUA